AUGACAGAAUUGGACGAAGGUGACAUUGCUGAUAACGGGUCUGGAAGUUUCGAAACCAGUCAGGAAGGUGAUGGCAUUACUCCUUUGAAUCUAGUUCAGUCCAUUUAUCCGGUUGCUGAAACAAGUAGUGAUGUUGACGAUUCAAAAAAUGUCGUCGAAGAUGAUGAUGAAAAGGAUAACUCUUCGUCCCAUUCGCACUUUUCAUCACGCGAAACUGAGGGAGAAUUGAAGGAGAAAGACGUUGUUAAUCAGGAUGAAAAUUUGGAACAGCAUUCUGAAACGAAGGAAAAGAUUGACUAUGAUCAAAUAAAUAUGGGUGACGAGAUGGAAAAAGUAGAUACAAAUCACGAAAGAGUUGAUAACGAUUCUGAUGGAGAUGAAGAUAAACAGGACGGUUCAUCGGAACCACGACGGAUCAUGUUGUCCAGCGAUGAAGAAGAUAAUAUAGAUGCUGCACCGGCAGCAGAGAAAUCCAGAGAUGAUUCAGAAUCGGAAGGUGAUGAAGAGCAUGCUGAAGUUGGUGUUGGUGAACUGAUGACCAAUAUAUUUGGUGAAGAUAGUGAUGAUGAAAAGGAAGGUGAAGAUGUUCAAGCACAGUAUCAGGCUGAAAGGAAUGGUCUAGAAGGAGAUGAUGACGAGCCCCGGUAUGUUCGUGAUGAAAAUGACGAAGAUGAUGGGCGGGUUUGGGACUUUGAUACAAUGAUGCGUGAAAAGAAGGCAGAACGACGAAGACCAAGAAGACGCCGACGAGAUGGUUCCAUUGAUGUUGGUGGAGCGUAUGAUGAUCAAAUUAAAAUGCUUAUUGAUGCUAUGAAAUCUGCAGCAAAGGACGACCGUCAUUCCAACAUAGAGCGUCGACCUGCUCUGCAGAAGCGUAAAAUGCUACCACAUGUAAAAGCAAUGUUAAUAAAGCACGAUUUAAUGGAGGCUAUAAUUGAUAAUGGCAUGAUGAAUGUAAUAUCAGAGUGGUUGGCGCCGUUACCAGAUAAAUCAUUACCUGCAUUGGAAAUUCGGACAGAUUUGUUAAAAAUUCUGCAAGAUUUUAGUCGACUGGAACCAGGAACGCUGAAGCAAUCUGGACUAGGACGUGCUGUAAUGCUGCUAUACAAACAUCCACGCGAAACUAAAGAAAAUAAAGCUCUUGCUGCACGGUUGAUUAGUGAUUGGGCUAGACCUAUUUUCCAGCUCGACACUGAUUUUCGUUCAAUGACAAAAGAUGAGCGUAUACAGCGUGAUUAUGCGCAGUUAUCAGAAGCUAAACGGCGACGCUUGGAUGCAGGAUCAGAAAGUUCAGAUGCCGAAAAGGAGAUAUCAGAACCUCGUCCAGGUGAUAAAGGUUUUAUAAUGCGUGCACGUGUACCACGACCGUCUCAGAAGGAUUACGUUGUACGCCCAAAGAGUAAUGUUGAAGGUCAGUUUCGUGGAGCAACGAAGAAUCGUUCUAAUAGUCGGUUCGAUCGAACACAAAGGGAAUUCAAAGAACGUACAAAACAGCAACGUACUCAACGAGCAGUUGCUGUAACUAUUAAUCGCGUUAAUAUAUAA